AUGGUAUCCAUAACCGGCGUCAUUCCCCGCCCCACUGGCUAUACAGGCUUGUGGAGUUGGCUGACCACCGUAGACCACAAGCGCAUCGGAGCGCUGUACGGUUUUUCCGCGUUCUUCUUCUUCGUGAUCGGCGGAAUUGAAGCCGGGAUCAUGCGGCUGCAGCUGGUCACGUCCGACAGCUCGCUCGUGUCGGCAGACUGGUUCAACGCCAUGUUUACCAUGCACGGCACGACCAUGAUCUUCAUGGUGAUCAUGCCCUUUGGAGCCACGUUCUUCAAUUUCCUGGUGCCGCUGAUGAUCGGCGCCCGGGACGUGGCGUUCCCUCGCCUCAACGCUUUUUCCUACUGGACAUUCCUGUUCGGCGCGUUGUUGAUGCACGCCGGCUUCCUCAUUGGACAGGUGCCUGAUGCCGGCUGGUUCUCCUAUGCGAACCUGACCGCCGCGCCUUUCAGCGAAGGCAAGGGCCUGGACUUCUGGGCGUUGAGCCUGCAGGUGCUCGGCAUCGCCUCGCUGGCCGCCGGGUUCAACUUCGUGGUCACCAUCAUCAACAUGCGGGCUCCCGGGAUGUCGAUGAUGCGUAUGCCCGUUUUCAUCUGGAUGACCCUGGUGACCAGCAUCCUGCUGGUGCUGGCCUUCCCGAUAAUUACCGUCGCGUUGAUUGAGCUGACUGCUGACCGGCAGUUCGGCGCCAACUUCUUCAACACCGCCGCCGGCGGCGACCCGAUCCUCUGGCAGCACCUUUUCUGGCUCUUCGGUCAUCCUGAGGUGUAUAUCCUCAUUCUGCCGGCCAUGGGGGUUGUUUCCGAAAUCAUCCCCACCUUCAGCCGCAAGCCGCUGUUCGGCUACCCCGUUAUCGUCUUCUCCGGCAUCGUCAUCGCCAUCAUGAGCUGGGCGGUAUGGAGCCACCACAUGUUCACGGUUGGCCUGGGGGCCAUCGCCAAUUCGGUGUUCACCAUUACCACGAUGCUGAUCGCGGUGCCUACCGGCGUGAAGAUCUUCAACUGGAUCGCCACGAUGUGGAAUGGGUCAAUCGACCUGAAGACGCCGAUGCUGAUGGCCAUUGGGUUCGUGGCGCUGUUCAUCGUGGGCGGUCUGUCCGGCGUGUCGCACGCGGUCUCCCCGUCCGACUUCCAGCAGCAGGACACCUACUACAUCGUCGCGCAUAUCCACUACGUGCUGUUCGGUGGCGCCAUCUUCGGCAUCUUCGCCGGCAUCUACUACUGGUACCCGAAGAUAACCGGCAAGAUGUACAACGAAAUGUUGGGCAAGGUUCACUUCUGGUUGAUGUUCGUCGGCAUGAACCUGACGUUCUUCCCCAUGCACUACGCCGGGCUGAACGGGAUGCCACGCCGCAUCUACACCUAUGCCGAAGGAUUUGGCUGGGAAGGGAUGAACCUGCUCGCGACGAUUGGAUACUUCGUAAUCGUCAUUUCACUGCUGAUCUUCAUUCACAAUUUCUUCCGCAGCAUCAAGAAGGGUGCGGAAGCUGGCCAUGACCCGUGGGACGCUCCCACACUGGAAUGGAGCAUUUCCUCCCCGCCGCCGGUUUACAACUUCGCGGAAGUGCCGGUGGUGCGAGGUCAGGAUGCCUACUGGAUCACCAAACGCGAGGCUGCAGCUCGUGGCGAAACCGUGCCUGCCGAACCGCACGUGGACCCCAGCACCAUCCACAUGCCGAGCCCUUCCUACUGGCCGCUGAUCACGUCCUUUGGCGUGGUGUGGAUCGCGGGCGGCUUGCUCAUCGACGUGGGCUGGGACUACAUCCGAUUCCCCAUCAGUUUCGUCGGGGGCCUCAUCACGAUCAUAGGUGUCAUCGGUUGGUCCAACGAGCCGGCUGCUGAGGAACACCACGAAGCGGCCGAGCAACACUAG